CGAGCAGCAGGAGAGGAGCGCGCGAGCAGAGCGACGGGCUCGUGAGGCGACGCUGUGGAGAUUCCAGCCAGUGGAUGGUUUAAAGAGCGCCCCAGAGCACUAGGUGAUGAUGAGGACGAAGAUGCAGGCGCGCAGCAGCAGCAUGCUCUUCCUCCUGGCACUGGCGUCACUGCUCACCGGACCCACCCAGGGCCAAGCGCCAGCUCCUAGAAGAUUGCGUUUUAAGGAGCUAGGCUCAAGCAUGCUCAGUGUGUCCUGGAAGGAGCCGAAAGGAGAGUUUGACAGCUACAGGCUCAUCUACAGCUCAGGACAUCAAGAGAGAGAGGUCCAGGUGACCAAAGAAGAGGCCAAAUUUGUGAUUUCAGACUUUGACCACAGUAAAGAGUACACCUUCAAAAUCAUUGCCCUCAAUGGCGGCCAGCAGAGUAAACCAUUACUGGGCAGCUAUAAAGCGUCUAGGUCAGAGGUCACUGACAGCAGCCUGCAGACACACAGGGGGAAGCAGAACAGCGAGCCUGAGCGGGACAAUGAGAUCAGCGAAGUAGAUGUGUUUGUGUGUAAGACUCCAGCCAUAGCUGAUAUUGUGAUUUUGGUGGAUGGCUCUUGGAGUAUUGGCCGUAUUAAUUUCCGGCUGGUGCGCAUGUUUCUGGAGAGCCUGGUGAAUGCCUUCUCUGUCAGCUCUGACCAGACACGCAUCGGAUUGGCCCAGUAUAGUGGAGACCCCAGGAUUGAGUGGCAUCUGAACACACACUCCACCAAAGAUGCUGUUAUCAACGCUGUGAAGAACCUACCUUAUAAAGGAGGAAACACUCUAACAGGUCUUGCCUUGAUGUUCAUUUUGGAGAACAGUUUUAAGCCAGAGUCUGGAUCCAGAACAGGCGUUCCGAAAAUUGGGAUAUUAAUCACAGAUGGGAAAUCUCAGGAUGAUGUCCAGGGCCCUGCGCGGAGCCUGAGGGAAGCGGGGAUAGAGCUGUUUGCUAUUGGUGUGAAGAACGCUGAUGAGAAUGAGCUGAAGGCAAUCGCAUCCCCCCCAUCAGAGACUCAUGUGUAUAACGUAGCUGACUUUAGUGUGAUGAGCUCAAUUGUGGAGGGGCUGACCCGGACUGUGUGUGGGCGCGUGGAGCAGCUUAACAAGGAGAUCCACGGUGAAGGAGGCCCAUCUACAAUUCCUGCCGCACCCCGUGACCUUGUGACCUCUGAGGUCACAGCCAGGAGUUUUCGAGUGUCCUGGACUCACGCUCCCGGCACAGUGGAGAAGUACAGAGUGGUGUACUAUGCCUCCAGAGGAGCCCAGCCAGACGAGGUUGUGGUGAAUGGUGAUCAGAAUUCAGUCGUGCUGCAGCACCUCAACUCUCUGACUGAAUAUCAGGUCGCUGUGUUCGCUGUCUACAGUAACUCUGCCAGUGAAGCGCUGAGAGGCAGCGUGACCACACUGGCCUUGCCCAUGGUGAAUAAUCUCGAGCUGUAUGACAUCACACACAGCAGCAUGCGUGUGCAGUGGACAGCUGCAGAUGGGGCUUCCGGGUACAUGAUCCUGUACGCCCCCCUGACUGAGGGAGACGCAGCAGAUGAGAAGGAGGUGAAAGUAGCAGACACUGUGACUGAGAUUGAGCUACAGGAUCUGACUCCUGCAACUGAGUACACAGUCACUGUCUAUGCCAUGUAUGGAGAUGAGGCCAGUGACCCCAGGACUGGCCAGGAGACAACCCUUCCUCUAACUCCUGCCCGUAGUUUGCAGAUCAGUGAUGUGUCUCACAGCUCUGCAAAGCUCACGUGGGAGGCAGCGUCUCGUAAAGUGAACGGCUACCGCAUCAUGUAUGUGAAGACGGAUGGUGUUCAGACCAACGAGAUUGAAGUAGGCCGCAUCACCACACUGUUGCUAAGCAACCUCACCUCUUUGACGGAAUACACAGUAGCCAUCUUUGCCAUCUAUGAUGAGGGACAGGCUGAACCAGCUACAGACAGCUUCACAACUAAAUCGGUUCCAUCACCGUGGAGUUUUAGGAGCAGCGACGUCGGCACAGACCGGUUCAGAGUGAGCUGGCAACACGCAGCAUCUGAUAUCACUCUCUACAAACUCACCUGGAUGCCUGCGAGUGGAGGAGAGACCAGAGAGUCUGUGAUUAGUGGUAAUUCAAACUCUUACGUGAUUACUGGUCUGACGCCCCUGACGGAAUACGAGGUUGCAUUAACGGCCAUCUACAGAGAUGAGAGAGAGAGUGACGCGCUUGAGCUCAGCCAGACUACAGCUGCUAGAACAACAACUGUGGCAACCACAACUACCACCACAACUACAGCAGUCAUCCGUCUGGGCGUGAGGGGUCUGCAGCUGAGUGAUUUCACUACCUUUAGCAUGGGUGUGUCGUGGGAACUGCUGGGCUCCAACGUGCGUCAGUACAGAGUCUCCUACGUCACGGCACGUGGAGAUCGGGCUGAACAGGUGACGAUGGUUCCUGGCAAUCAGAAUUCAGUUGUGCUGCAGCCUUUGCUGUCAGAUACGGAGUACAGAGUGAGUGUAACGGCCGUUUAUGCAGACGAAGACGGGCCGUCUGUCACGCGCUCUGCUCGCACCUUGCCUCUCUCCGCUCCUAAGAAUCUGAGGGUGUCAGAGGAAUGGUACAAUCGCUUCCGCAUCACCUGGGACACGCCCCCUUCUCCCACCAUGGGCUACAGGAUCGUCUACCAGCCUGUCUCAGCUCCAGGUCGGGCCCUGGAGACGUUUGUUGGAGACGACGUGAACACCAUUCUGAUUUUGAACCUGUUAAGUGGCACAGAAUACAGUGUAAAGGUCAUCGCCACGUACACCACCGGCUCCAGCGAGGCGCUCACCGGCAGGGCCAGGACGCUUUACCUGGGUGUGACUAAUCUGAACACCUAUCAGGUGCGGAUGAACAGUAUGUGUGCUCAGUGGCAGCCUCAACGCCAUGCCAACCAGUACCGUGUGGUCAUCGAGUCAUUACUCAAUGGUCAGAAGCAGGAAGUGCAGUUGGAUGGCUCCUCUUCCAGGCACUGCUUUAAUGACCUGAGUCCAAACACACAGUACAAGAUCACUGUCUACGCUCAGCUGCAGGACACAGAGGGGCCAGCCGUCACCACCAUCCAGAAAACAUUUCCUGUACCCACCACUCCUCCCACCAGGCCCCCAACCACCACCCCUCUACCCACCAUUCCUGUAGCUAAAGAAGUAUGCAGAGCAGCGAAGGCUGAUCUGGUGUUUCUGGUCGACGGAUCGUGGAGUAUCGGUGACGAUAACUUUGUGAAAAUCAUUCGCUUCUUGUACAGCACGGCUGGAGCGCUGGAUGAAAUCGGCCCUGGAGGCACACAGGUGGCCAUAGCCCAGUUCAGUGAUGACGCCCGCACUGAGUUCAAACUGAACUCCUAUGAUAACAAGGAGAGUCUGCUGGAUGCUAUUCAGAGGAUUUCAUACAAAGGAGGAAACACUAAAACAGGACGAGCCAUGCAGCAUGUGAAGGACAGUAUCUUCACGGUGGCCGGAGGAAGCAGGCGGGGCGUGCCGAAAGUGCUGGUGGUCCUGACAGACGGCCGUUCCCAAGAUGAUGUCAACAAGAUCUCCCAGGAGAUCCAGAUGGAGGGUUACAUCGUGUUCGCGAUCGGUUUUGCCGACGCCGAUUACGGCGAGUUGGUGAGCAUCGCCAGCAAACCCAGUGAACGGCAUGUGUUCUUUGUGGACGACCUGGAUGCCUUUAGAAAGAUCGAAGAGAAGCUCAUCACUUUCGUGUGUGAGGCUGCAACAGCAACUUGUCCAUCCGUACCGAUGAGCGGCAGCACGCUGCCAGGCUUUAGGAUGAUGGAGAUGUUUGGUCUGGUGGAGCACCUGUACAGUAAUCUGGAGGGCAUUUCACUGGAGCCAGGAACUUUCAACAGCUUCAACAGCUUCAGACUAGGCAGUGAUGCACUACUGGCACAACCUACCAGGUAUAUCCACCCUGAGGGUCUGCCAUCUGACUACACCAUCACCAUGGUGUUCCGCCUGCUGCCCGAAACCCCACAGGAGCCCUUUGCAUUGUGGGAAGUUCUCAACAGCAGAAAUGAACCCUUAGUAGGAGUCAUUCUGGACAAUGCAGGGAAGACGCUGACGUUCUUCAAUAACGACUAUAAAGGGGAUUUUCAGACAGUCACAUUCGAGGGUCCUGAGAUUAAGAAACUUUUCUAUGGAAGCUUCCACAAGCUGCAUAUAGCAGUGAGUAAGACACUGGCACAGGUGAUGGUGGAUUGUAAUCUGGCUGGAGAAAAGCCCAUUAACGCCGCUGGCAACAUCACCACUGAUGGACUGGAGGUCCUGGGCAGGAUGGUCCGCUCCAGAGGGGACAAGGACAACUCUGCACCGUUUCAGCUGCAGUCAUUCGAUAUUGUGUGUAGUACAUCGUGGGCUCGGCGAGACAAGUGCUGCGAUCUUCCCAGUCUGAGAAAGGAGGCAGAUUGCCCCGCUCUGCCUCGGGCCUGCACUUGCACUCAGGACAGCAAAGGCCCUCCUGGUCCCCCAGGACCAACGGGAGGAGCUGGUAUGAGAGGGGCGAAAGGAGAUCGGGGCGAGCCUGGGCCUGUGGGGCCAGUUGGUCCAAUGGGAGAUGCUGGAAUACCAGGACCUCAGGGCCCUCCUGGCCCCCAGGGGCCCAGUGGACGUUCCAUCAGAGGCCCACCGGGUGGUCCAGGUGAGAGAGGGGAGAAAGGUGAAGCAGGAGCUCGAGGGCUUCAGGGAGUUCCAGGAACACCAGGGUCUCCAGGACGGGAGGGCCCUCCAGGACCCAGGGGUUUGCAGGGUAAAGAUGGACCCCAGGGCAGAGUGGGUCCCCCAGGAAGUGUUGGAGGUCCAGGGGCUCCUGGAGCACCAGGCCAGAAUGGCCCUCCUGGACCCAUCGGAGAGCAGGGACCUCCAGGCCCUGCAGGCUCCAAAGGAGAGAAAGGAGAAAGGGGAGAUAUGCAGUCGACUUCCUCAGUCCAAGCCAUAGCCAGACAAGUCUGUGAACAGCUCAUACAGAGUCACAUGGCCCGCUAUAACUCCAUCCUGAAUCAUGUUCCGAGUCAGCCGGUGUCAAUCCGCACAGUCGCUGGGCCUCCUGGAGAGCCAGGCCGUCCGGGUCCUCCAGGACAGCAAGGAGAACAGGGUUCUCCUGGCCGGCCGGGAUUUCCUGGAACUAAUGGAGAGAAUGGCCAACCAGGAUCCAGAGGUCCCCCAGGUGAAAAAGGAGAGAAGGGAAGCCCAGGUGUGGGUAUCCAGGGCCCCAGAGGAUCUCAGGGACCACCAGGGCCACCUGGUGAGGGAAGGGCUGGUGGUCCAGGCCCUGCUGGUCGCCCUGGUAACCCCGGAACUUCAGGCAGGCCGGGCAUGCCUGGGCCAGUAGGACCUGCCGGACCUCCGGGCUACUGCGAUCCAAACGCUUGCGGAUACAACGUCGGAGAGAGGGAAAUUGACCGUGAAGUGACUGACAGCGAUAUUCCCGUAGUCCAACUGGCGCCAAACCCGUACCAACCCUAUACCCCAGAGGAAGAAGGUGAAGAGGAAGACCCUUACGGCAGUUAUGGGACAUACCCCUCCUACUACCAGCCCAACUACCCCCAGCCCCGCCUCGUCGAGCCAGGCGACCCAGUCAUAGCGGAGGACACGGAGGAGUUGCGGUCGCCAGGUAUACAGCGACAGACUCGCAGUGUAGCAGAACGUAGGAGGGGUCAGAAAGGGAAUGACCACUAACUUUUAACAACCUUCUGUUGACACCUGGUAACCAUUAAAGGGGGAUUCCUAUGAUUUUUUAUCCUGCAUAAUUUUAGUGCUAAAAUGUAAAGAAAGUCAGGGUGAUUUGAUGUAAAAUGGUUCAUAGAUAAACUCUUUACAGUGGUGGUGAUAGGGACGAGAGGUCAUAGUGUCUACUGCACAAAAUGGCCAUUGUAUUUACUAUCCAAAAUGACCAGUGCUCUUUCCAUUGUGUGUAAAAUUACUGAUGAAUGGGCCAAAAGAAACAGCCCAAAAGUACUUGAAAAAGACUGUUUCCAUUGACUUACAUUAAAAACAUUAAAUUACAUUAAAAGUAAGGUGUUUUUCUCUUCUCCUGUAAAGUCUAAAUUUUGCCAUAUAUAUAAGCUGAUUGGUUGAGAAGCGUUCUAACCGUGCUGUUAUUCUGCCAUAACACAAACGCUCUAUCACUACGCUGAGAUGCCGUUGCUAAGCAACAACUUUGGCAGCUGUAGGAGUUCAAGCCAUUUGAAUGUUUUACUUCUUACUUUGCUAACAAACAGAAAAUGGAAAUACUUUUAAGAUCCCAUUUGCCAAACAAAAUGGGCUGUAAAAUGCUAUACAGACUGGUUGGAACAAAACAAUGUUAAUAUUGAUGUAGCAAAAAUGGACAAAACUGAGCUAAACUUGAUAUUGUGGAAGUUUUAUGGCUCAGUCUGAUUUGAUCAGAAUCUGAAGAUGAAGCUACACGUUUGGCGAAUGGUAUUCGUUUCAAUUCUGGCUAAGUCCAGGUUGCUUAGGUUUUCUUCUGUCAUAGCUGCCAACUUAAAAGCUGCUCUGUAGUGGAAGCUGGAGAACAAACUGACGCUGACAUUAAAACAUUAAAUUUCACAUUCACAGCCGAAAUUAUUCAUUUCUUACUUGAUUGAUGUUGUAUAAAAGCAAUAUAACCCCCAAGGUCUUGUG